AUGGGGUUCCGAAAUGUCUUUCGUCGUCAGGCGACUGAGGACUCAGUCUCCCAGGUCGAUGUGACCACAAAUGAGGACAGAAAGCGCGAAAUCCCUUCUGAUGGUGUUGCUGCUGAGAACAAUGGUGCCGUCAGUGCGGACCAGCCGGUCGAGACACCGGAGGAAGAGUUGCACCGUGGUGUUCAUGAUAUUGAAGCUAUGACCAAAAGCUGGUCCAAAGGCGCAUUGAUUGCAGUCUUCCUGAAUAUCUGGUUGCUCUACUUCACCAAUGCGUUCCAAAGCUCGAUCCUCUACAGCUUGAUCCCCUACCUUACCAGUCAAUGGGAAUCUCACUCUCUGUUGAACACAAUCUACAUUGUCGCCGAUGCAAUUACCGCCGCCUGUUAUGUUCCCCUUGGAAGAAUGAUGGACGUCUGGGGUCGUGCAGAGGGCUUCCUUUUCAUGACUGUUUGCGCCACUGUGGGCCUGAUCAUGAUGGCUGCCUGCAAUAACCUUGCUACUUUCUGUGCCGCAUAUGUCUUCUACUCGCUCGGAUUCGGUGGUCUGACUUACUGCGUCGACGUUAUCACGGCCGAUGCGUCCAUGCUGAAGAGUCGAGGUCUGGCUUACGCCUUUACAUCCUCCCCCUACAUCAUCACUGCCUUCGCUGGCUCAAAGGCAGCUGAUGAUGCCCUGGGUGAUAACGGUAUCGGCUUGCGCUGGCCGUUCGGAAUCUUUGCUAUCAUCUUCCCUCUUGUUGCCAGCCCUUUAUACUGCAUUUUGAAGUACAACAUCCGGAAAGCUGAGAAGGAAGGCCAUGUGAUCAAGGCAAGCAGUGGACGGACAAUCUUGCAGAGCAUCUGGUUCUACAUCGUCAAGUUUGAUGCUAUGGGUGUUUUUCUCUUCUCCGCCGGUCUCGUCCUGUUCUUCCUCCCCUUCGAUAUUGCCGGCAGCGCUCCAAGCAGCUGGGAGACCCCAUACAUCAUUGCCAUGAUUGUGGUUGGCUUCGUUUUGCUCUUCGUCUUCAUCAUUUGGGAGACUUGGAUUGCUCCCAAGCCUCUGCUUCAAUACGGAUUCUUGUAUAACAGAACGGUCAUUGGUGCUUGCCUGCUCGACGCGACUUAUCAGCUCUGCUAUUACUGCUGGGACAACUACUUCACCUCUUUUCUCCAGGUGGUCAAUGAUCUGACUGUAGCUGAAGCAGGAUACGUUGGCAACACCUUUGACGUUGUGUCCGGCGUCUUGCUUUUGAUUGUUGGUGUCCUCAUCCGAAAGACUGGCCGUUUCAAGUGGCUUCUAUGGGUUGCGGUUCCGCUCUAUAUCUUCGCCCAGGGCUUGAUGAUUUACUUCCGUCGUCCCAACCAGUCCGUCGGCUACCUUGUCAUGUGCCAGAUCUUUAUCUCUAUUGGUGGUAGUGUGUUCAUCAUUGUUGAACAACUUGCCAUCUUGGCCGCGGUUGACCAUCAACACGUUGCUUCCGUGCUUGCUCUGCUCAACGUCGUUGGUACUGUCGGUGAUACCAUGGGAGCGACCAUCUCCAGCGCGAUCUGGCAGAACACUUAUCCGAAUGCUCUGCGGAUGUACCUUCCGGAAUCUGCCAUGGAUAACUUUGAGAUGAUUUACGAGGAUCUUGAUACCCAGUUGAGCUACGCUGUUGGAACUCCUACCAGACUCGCCAUUCAGCGUGCUUAUGGUUAUGCCCAGACCAGGAUGCUUGCUGUUGGUACUGGUAUCAUGGUUCUGGCCUUUGUUUGGACUAUGAUGAUCAGAAAUAUUGACCUAAAGAAGGUACCCCAGGUCAAGGGUAUUGUCUUCUAA